AUGGCCUAUAAGAAUAUUCUUGAUGCUGCUAGCGGUGGAGCACUCGUCGAUAAAACUCCAGCUGCCGUAAAAGCUUUAAUCGAAAAUAUGUCCCUCAACUCCCAACAAUUUACAACCAGAAAUAAUUCUAUCCAAGCAAAGGGUGUGAACAAAAUUCAGGUUUCCUCCAACAAAGCUUUAGAAACCAGAAUUGAUGAGCUCACCUCUUUAGUGAAACAGUUGGCAGUAGGUAAGACUCAAGCGGCAAACCUGUGUGGUAUUUGUACUUCUCCUGAGCAUCCAACUGAUACUUGUCCUAUUUUUCAUGAUGAAUCAAUCAUUGAGAUGCCUCAAGCUUAUGCAGCAAACUUUUACAAUCAAGGCAACAAUCAGAAUAGGUACAACAACAUUCCUAGCCUGUUCAGCAAUAAAUACCACCCCAAUUGGAGGAACCAUCCCAACCUUCGUUAUGGAAACCGGCAGCCAACCCAACCAACAUCUACCCCCCAAGCCAUCAUUUCUACACCCUUUGGACCUUCAUUAGAGGACCUGGUCAAACAACUAGCUGUUAAUAAUCUUCAGUUUCAACAAAGAACAAAAUCUAGUAUUCAAACCUUGCAGACACGGAUUGGACAGCUUGCCACCUCAAUGAAUGCCAUGCAAUCCCAAGGAUCAAACCAACUUCCUGCCCAAGCAGUUGUGAAUCCAAAAGGUCCUAAUGCCAAUGUCAGUGCAAUUUCUUUGAGGUCCGGAAAGGUCACAAAACCAGCCCCCGAAAAAAAUAAAAAAAAUCUUGAGGUAACAUCUAAACUUUCUUCACCUUCUUCUGUUGUGGUAGAAACUAAAAAGAAUAAAGAAAAAGAAUAUGUACCACUAGUCCCUUUUCCACAUAGAGUUCUGAAAAAUAAAAGAAUUAAGGAAGAAGACAAAGAGAGGGAGAUCUUGGAUGUUUUUAGAAAAGUUGCGAUAAACAUUCUGCUUCUUGAUGUUAUUAUGCAGGUUCCAAAGUAUGCAAAAUUUCUAAAAGACUUGUGCACAAGUAAGGAAAGGUUGAAGGGCAAUGAGAGAGUAAAUUUGGGACGAAACAUUUCAGCCCUUAUCCAUUCUAAACAUUCACCUGAAAAAGAUAUUGUUUCAUCCCUCAAUCAAGCCAUACCCCAAAAGUGCAAGGAUUCAUGA